UUGAAUGCCACACAGUAAGUAAUAAAAAACCCCUCGUAUUACAUUUGACACUUUUUUCGAUAUAUUCCAGAAAAUAAAAAAAGAUGCAGACUUCUGUGAUUUUUAUAUCUGUACUUGCCAUUGCAAUGAUGACUUACGGUUACAAUGCUGAUAAGCUGAGACAAUUCUACGACAAUCUCGCAAAGUGCAGCAAGAUAUUGUAUAAGGAGCCGAAUGUGCGUAGUGUUCAAUCAUUCUAUUGCGCGUUGACUAACGAUCACGAGUUGAUUAACAUGAACGGCGAGAUUGAAACUAAUGUAGCUAUGCAGAAAUUUAACGAUGUGAUCUCCGAUCCAGGCAGGUUAGAACAGGCGCAUGCGAUAUAUAUCAAGUGCUAUAAAGAAGCGAUUGAAACUGGAGUAACCGGCUACGAGCAGACAAUGAAAAUAAUCGCGUGCGGUAUGCCAAUUAUGGACCUGAUUGACAAACUGAACUAAAAGCGCCAACCAGAUACUUUUUCAAGUAAACGAUAGGUGUAUGAAUAUGACAACAAUAAUUUCUAUACUUUAAGAAGAUUGCAAUAAAACAAUUUUCAUUUCUCUGCUAGCACAAACUUUCUAUUAAAAACUAUGAUGAAGUAAUUUUCAUUCCUUUGUUAGCGCAAACCUGUUGUUGAAUCACCUUCACUGUUACACACUGACAAACAGGAGAGUUAUUCAUUACGAUGUAUUUCAAAUAAAAGCUAUUUUCUUCACUUA